AUGCAUAACACCAGCCUGUCCGGGUUCGAGGAGAAUAGGCAACGCUCUUUCCCAAGCCUCAUCCGAAAGACUCGUUGUCCUCAGGAAGGACGAGCCGCCAAAGAGAUACACUCCAUGUUUCUGCUCGGUUUCGAACCGAGGACCUUUCGCGUGUUAGGCGAAUGUGAUGACCACUACACUACAGAAACGACAUGCGAAGGAAGAAUCAGUGCUGGUCGGCCGCUCUUCUUGACCACUAGACCCCGCAUAGGAGGUAUGCAUAACACCAGCCUGUCCGGGUUCGAGGAGAAUAGGCAACGCUCUUUCCCAAGCCUCAUCCGAAUGACUCGUUGUCCUCAGGAAGGACGAGCCGCCAAAGAGAUACACUCCAUGUUUCUGCUCGGUUUCGAACCGAGGACCUUUCGCGUGUUAGGCGAAUGUGAUGACCACUACACUACAGAAACGACAUGCGAAGGAAGAAUCAGUGCUGGUCGGCCGCUCUUCUUGACCACUAGACCCCGCAUAGGAGGUAUGCAUAACACCAGCCUGUCCGGGUUCGAGGAGAAUAGGCAACGCUCUUUCCCAAGCCUCAUCCGAAAGACUCGUUGUCCUCAGGAAGGACGAGCCGCCAAAGAGGUCCUCCCCGUCGGGGAAUCGAACCCCGGUCUUCCGCUUGACAGGCGGAGAUACUGUCCACUAUACUAA